AUAUUUAUGGAUUGCCCUGCAGUCUGAAGUCUGAACUCCCAUCAGAGAGACGAUUCCAUUUGCUGAGUCUCUGAACGCGAGCAGUUUUUUCAUUCGCCUCCUGAACCUCCCCAGAAGAUAGCAGAGCAGCACAAUGCUUGUGGGAUUUGGCUUUGCUUGCAGAGUCCAUCUGACACUGAACAGAGCAUCAAAUCAAUUAAAAGAUCUUUUCACUUCCUUCUCACCUGGAGCUUCUCAACAUAAAUAUACAACCACCCACAACUCCAUAGAAGAAAGCAAACAAGAGAGAGAGUCGAAGUUUGAAGCUCUUUUCACCUUCCGACGGAAUGGAGGAGGAAGGCGGCCGGCGGUGGAUGUUCAAGGUGAAGACCCCCCGUUUUUCGACGAUCAUCAUGGACGAUUCAGCUCGUGAUGAGAAGCUGUGCCUCCCUAAGUUGUUUACAGCAGAGUAUGGAGCUCUGCUGCCAGAAAAUGUAAUUUUCAAGCUCCCAAGCGGAGCAGAAUGGCGAGUUGGGUUGCUCAAAAGCGGCGAAAAGAUCUGGUUCCACGAGGGUUGGAGAGAAUUUGCUGAUUUCUACUCACUAGCAUCGGGGCAGUUGCUGGUUUUUCAGUAUGGUAGCCAUGGCCGUUUCCUUGUUCUCAUAUUUGAUAAGACCGCCCGUGAAAUCGAUUACCAGACCCAUGAAACUAGUGUGAGACUUGAGCCAGAGCCGAUAAUAGAUAUCUCUGACGAUACCUCGAAUGAUCGCUGCCCUUCCCCAAAAGCAAGAGAAAAACCGCCAGUAAGAGCUCCCCAACCCAAGAAGCUGAAAAGAAGAAUCGAUGAUGAAAGGACCGAGAGAACCUCUGAGACUAUUAUCUGCCAUGGUCCCACUUCUAGAGUGCAAGAUAAACCUAGUAAGAAACGGCAUGGGGAAUUCCAGAAGGAAAGACCAUUGGCAGCUGACGAGAGAGCUAGUGCACUUACUAGAGCUAUUUUUGCUUUCCAAUCGAAGAACCCUUUCUUCAUGAUUGUUAUGCAGCGAUCGUAUCUUGGCCCUGGAAUGAGAUUGUAUCUACCUAUCAACUCUGUGAUGACAAAAUUGGAGGAAUGCGGAGAGAUUCAACUCCAACUUCCUGAUGGAAGAUCCUGGAUGGUUAAGUACUUUGCCGUGGAUGCUUGUAAUAAAAGGAAGAUCAGAACUGUGUUUGAUAGCCGAAGUUGGGGUCGGUUUGUAAAGGAGAACGAGUUGAGAGUUGGCGAUGUAUGUGUAUUUGAGCUGGUUGAAGGCGGUGCUAAACCCAGACUGAAAGUGAUCAUCUUUCGAGCUCCCCAACAUGCGAAUCCCUACUCGUCUGUGUCGUCUCCUCCUAAGCUUCGGAAUGAAAUGGAGUCAAAGUCUGCUGGAAGAAAAUCAUAUGUCAGUAGUGGUGCUUCAAAAACUGCAGAUGCCUUUACCUCCAAGCAACCAUUCUUCAAAAUACGUGUAGCUGAUAGUCAUCUAACCAUGAACAAGGUGAAAAUACCAGCGGCAUUUCGUGAGCAUGUCAAGGGAGUGUAUGAUGAAGGGGAGUUAAGGGUUGUUGGAGGCAAAUGGUGGGAUGUAAGGAUUGGAAGGUAUGUGCUGAAAACUGGCAGGCAGGAAAAGGUACUGGCUAGCGGUUGGAGAGAGUUUACAGCAGGGAAUCCUCUGGCACUAGGAGAUGUCUGUGUUUUUGAGCUCGUUAAGCCUGAAAAUGGGGAUCCCAUAAAGAGGGUGAUGAAGCUAAAUGUGCAUAUCUUCCGAGGGAUUCGUAGUCAAGUCCCUUCAGAUUAGGCACCCUUUUCUUGUGUAACCUGACUUAAAUGUCUCCCUUCUGUUGCCUUUUGCUAAUUUUGUUCAAAACUGCAGGGCUGAUAUAUAAUUAGUAUGAACUUUUCUGAUUGUUAGCCUACUUUUGUAUAGGGGAGAAUGCAGCCAAUGAUAGGGCAGGAAACCUUUGCUGAUAUCAUAUUUAGCAGCAGUAGUCAUUGUACUAAGUACUAACAUGAUCGUGUGACUGCAGAAGUUUCAGUUAGGGAAUUGACUCAUUUUGGGAAUCAUCCUACGAAGUUGUGGAAAUCUACAGAUGCGUGUAACAUUGAACACUUGGUAGUGAUGUAAAAUAUUGCAUUUUCCAUCUGUAAGUUGAAGAUUUCUUGGUGGUUCAUAUUACAAGCUCUUGAAAGAAUGAAAAAAGAGCUGACAUUUUCAUUUGAGCUACCCAUCAACUUGCUAGACAAAGCAAGCGACCAGAGUAGCAAUGGCAGCAAGUGUGGCGGCUGGGAAAGCAAGGUUUGUUGUGGCAGCGCUUUGCAUUUGAGGGGAAGGUGCCGCUGCUCCCGAAUCUUGAGCUGCAACUGCCGAGCCUCCAAACCCAGCGAUGAAAGCCAGGAGAACCAUGAUGUAGACAAUGCAAGCCAUGACGUUUCUCUUGCUAGCAGCUACCAUCAUGGAACUCUGCCAAACUUCCAAGCUGUGAGUUGAAAUGGCAGUAGAAGGGGAGGAAUAAGAC